GGGAUGAUGAUAGCUAUGGAGCAGCCAGAGAGGCUACGAGAUAGCCAGAGGCUAAUCAGAGCUGAUAAGCUGGAUCGCCGUCGCCGGACGGCAGGCCAGACGGCAGGCGGCCGCGAGUUGCGCGCUCAGUCCAAUCGAGGCAUUUGGAACGAGAUGCGAUUGCUGCUGCUGCCGGCCGGUGUGUUUGUGGUGUUGCUGCUGUUCCUGCUCCGACUGCCCCUGCCCGGGCAUGGAGCGGGUCGGGUGAUAUACUUUAACCAGCUGAAAGAGAACCAAACGCUCCAGGCGGACAAGAAUGCGACGGAUCGGCUGGGCAAGGGAAUGCUGUUCGAUGUGGGACGCGGCCACUGCCAUCGCGGGUACAUGCACGAUCAUCACGGCCGUUGCCGGAGGAUUGUCUAGGCCAUUGUCAUCCAUGCCACCCCCAAUCAGUGAUGUCUACGCUUAAAAUUGUUGUUGUUUUUGUGUGCUCUUUUUGUAGAGAUUAAAGUGAAAUGAAAAACCAA